CUGGGCAGCAGGGCAGCCUCAUGUAAACACGGCGCGCGCACACAAGGCUUUGUCUAACACACACACACACAUCUCACACACACAUCCCCCGUUAUUAUAGUCAUGCCAUGGAUAUUUUGUGGCAAUACCAAUUCAGGAUAAUUUUACUCGGAGAUUCCACGGUGGGGAAAUCGUCGUUGCUGAAGCGCUUCACGGACGGGAUCUACAGUGAUGUGGCGGACCCCACGGUGGGGGUCGAUUUCUAUGCCCGAUCGCUUGAUAUCGAACCCGGGGUGAAAAUCAAGCUGCAGCUCUGGGACACGGCUGGACAGGAGCGAUUCAGGUCCAUCACGACAUCGUACUACCGUAACUCCGUCGGUGGGCUUCUCGUCUUCGACCUCACCAACCGCAAGACCUUUGAGCACGUGAGGGAGUGGCACAAGGAGGUGAGUGAGCACAUCCUGCCGCACCACAUGGUCUACAUCCUCAUCGGCCACAAGAGCGACCUCAACAAGGACCGCAAAGUGAGCCGGGACGAGGCGGAGCAGCUGGCGGCCGAGAUGGGCAUCCGCUACGUUGAGACGUCGGCCAAGUGCAACAGCAACGUGGACCGCGCCUUCGAGCUGCUGACCAGGGACAUCUACGAGCUGAUGAAGAUGGGCGAGAUCGUCACCCGUGACGGCUGGGAUGGGGUGAAGAGCGGCCUCACCGCCAAGGUGCUGUACCCGACCGACGACGACGACGACGUACCGGCUGCCGUUGCCGAGAAGGGCUGCCACUGCUGACUGUGAACUGUGUCCAAACACUGCACCCACCCCUCACGUCUUCUCACAGUCGCCCAUCGAAACCAAGUCACUCAGGCUCAGUGAUAUCACUUCCUCACCUCCUGCUUCUCUGUGUUUGGGUUCUUCUUGGGGGGUUUUCUAACCAUUUUACAUCCCCCCCAAUGUGUAUCUCAAUGCCAUGUGGUGUCCCAUGAGCUGAGCUGGGCCUAGUAGGGUUGGGAAAAGAACAGAAAGAAGAUCAGAUCUGUGGGUUUAGGCUGCAUUCACACCAAAUCAGGCAUGAUGAGGGUUACUUAAUUGGCCACAAAUGGUGAGAUGUAAUGACUGAUUGACGUCUUUGGUCAGGGUUGUACGGCUCCCGAAUUACGCUUAAAUGAUGCAGGUUUUUCUUUCAGCCCAUAUUUCCGCCAACUAAACUUCCUCUUCUAACAACUACGUGUUUUUUAGCCAUUGUACAUCCUAAAUGUGUAUUUUAUAGGCAAGUUGUAUCUCUAAAGCCAUGUGGCAUUAGCUGAGCUGGGCCUUAUUGGGUUGCAGAAAAGAGAGCCCUUGUGAUAAAAUCUACUGCUUUUACACCAAUCAGGUGUUUUGUGUUGUUGAAAGGUUACUUAAAAAGCCCAAAAUAAGCAAUGUAUGUCUUUUACUGGGUUGUACAGCUCUCAACAUGGUUUUCUUUCUCCUAUAUUGUAACUCAAACUCACUACCAACAUUGAAAUGAAUGAGAGGACUUUCAUUCUGCACCCGCGCCUGAUUUAGUGUGAAUGCCUUCUUACCCAAUCUCCACGGCCCUAAAACUAAAGGACUCUACUGAGGAUACAUUUCAUUCAGCACUAUUGUGGGUUUCUAUCUGUCCAAGUUUGUGCAAUGCUUUGCCUGCGACUUGUUGUGACUGUGAAAUUGUAAAUAAUAGUGAAAUCUAUGGAGGGGAAAGGUCACUGAGAGUGUGUCGAGUGACGGACACCGCGGUAAAUCAACGUGCUCCUCAUGCUUCUGUACGUGCACACACGCCAAACUGACUCAAGUCUUUGAUCAUCCUGUGAAUAGAUGAGUGAUGUUUUUGUAAAGAAAAAUAAAUAGUUUAUUUCUAGAUCAGGUGUAUACAUAAAGAUAGUAUUUAGGGUAGGUAUUUGUAUCAUAGCAUCCACAGGAGGAAGAUAUGGAGUGUGUCAGCAUCAGUUAUCAGACCUUUAAUGGCCUUAGUGAAGAUGUGUUUAAGAGAACACACAGGAGCUGUAAUAUCACCUGCAGCUCUCUGUAGUUUAACCUCAAACAGCUGUUAGUGUUCAAAGCUUUAUUCACUAAAAUAAUAUUCCAUUCAGGUCUGAGCUAAUGUUGGGCGACAAGCAUAGUGUGUAAAAUAGAUGCUCAUUAAAUCUGCUUCUGUGGGCCUGUACUUGCCGUUGUCCUGAUGCUUGAAAAUGCAAGCUUCAAAGUAGAAAAGUGACAGCAUAUAUACUGUUAAAUCUACAUGGAAAUUCAUUCUCCAGAUCCUCUCAUUCUAGCCUGCUUAGCAGAUAAUAUGGCAUGCCCUACCAAGAGACCGUUGCCAAAUCUCGUUAGGCUACCCCUCUCACACUUGAUUUUAUGCUUGAUUUUAUAUGUGCAUAAUCAUUGUAAAUUAUUUGGCCCUUUAAGAUUUUGCAGACUUUUCAAUCGUGGGAUAAGAGCAUUGGGUACCACUUAACAAUAAUCAUUAUGAACCAUUUAUAAACCAGUUCUAACAUAGUUUUCAUACACCAACACAGGCCCACUAUUUGGCAAGAUGACUAAGCGUUACAUUGGCUGCCUAGCAGUACAGACAAAUGUGGGCUCACUAUUUGGCAAGCAGCCGGUCGCAGUUGUCCUGUUUAUCUCUGGUCUUAUAAAAGCUUAUUAAUGAUUUAUAAAGUGUUCACAACAUGAUUAAUAAAGGAAUUACAAUCUAUUUGCAAACCCUUUAUAAGUGUAGUCUUAUUGUAAAGAAGUACCGAUCAUGGAUAUUUGUUGGCUCGUCCCUAGCCUAGAAUAGCCUAGCCUAGCACAGCUCAGUUAGCCCGGCUCUGUCUUUAAUGCAGCAUUACUGUUGAAUCAAUACACAGAAAGAAAAACAAAACAGCUGAUGGAAGUUAUCUGGUAAGGUAAUAGUUACAGCAAGGGAACGUUGAUGAGUAUGUUUAAUAGGACAAACUUUAGUCAUGUUCGUUGUUUGUUCACUUUAAUGAGCAAUGCUAGCUGCUACUCUGCUGUUUCCAGUCGUCAUGCUAGGCUAGGCUACUGCCCUUUGGACUCAAGCGUCAGACUAAAUGCAUCGUUGAUACUAGUCUCAUCCAACUAUCUCAAAGAAAGCUAAUAAGUGUAUUCUCAAAAGGUUGAAUUGGUCCUUAAAGCUAUCGAAAUUCCUGUUAUUACUCGUGAUAAUCUGAUACAUGCAGUGAUUUUCAAUGCCUUGAUUUCCUUCAACCCUAAUAUAAAUCUCAAUGUCAAAGCUUCACUUAAAGUUGCUGAAAGUCUUUACGUCACUUUCAAUAGUCACUCAUGUUUCCAUGUAGUAUUUGGGAUUUAUAGACUAGUAACAGUAAUAAUAGCAGCUGAAAGGAGCCUUGUUAGGUUGUGCCUGCAGACGCUUAUACUCUGUUGUUCACGGGCCUGAGAGACCACCACAGACUACAGAACACCAGGCCUGGGAACCCCCUCACUCCCCCAAUUCACACUUUGCUAGCAUUUCACAAAAAAAAACUUGCUCAGACACACACACUGUAAACUGCAAGAGAUUAUGCAUUCUGGAGGUUUUACUUUGCGUUCAUGUGACAGUGUUUUUCUCUAAAUUGAUAACAUCUCAGACGUCCCUUUACUUUUUAACCUCUGUGCUUCCUGGUAGACCACGCACCUUUUAUUGCCGGGGUCGAACAAUGUAUAUCGUGUUGUUUUUGUUGGUUUGAUGAUCAGACGGUUACAUGUUCUGGUUCUUGGCACAGGUGAGGACUUCAUCACAUCCUGUCCCUGCAACAUCCAUGUGUGAACCAGUCUGACUAAUACUACUAACUACCUUCCUCACUUUGUCAUCCAAACAGGGUUAAACUGUAUAAUAUUGUUUCAAUUUGUGUUUUAAUACUUAGCUAACUGUUCUCCAGUGAGCAUGAUUUGCCUUUUCUAAUCACAGUGUUAAAGAGUGUGAGACACCAAGAAGAAAGACGGACUUUAUGGGACAGAAUAAGCUUGUAGACGCCUCUAUAUCCAGCAAUGAGUUCAUAUUUAAAGUAAUAAUAACAGCAUUUGUAAUCUAACAUACAGUGAUCAUCCUGUGUAAAUGACCAUUGUAAUAAUGGAUGCCGUAGUCCAGAUCCAGCCUCUCUUUUACUGUAAUCUUGAAGGAACUGUUCAACAUUUUGGGAAAUAUAUCUAUGUGUUAUCUUUUCUGAGUUUAAUGAGAAGAUUAAUACCACUUUUGUACGUAAAGUAGAAAAGUGGAGCCAGUCAUUUUGCCUUGCUGCAUCAAUUUGCGUCACUUUGUCUGGUUUAUUACAGCGGUAUGAACCCAAUAUAAACAGACUACGAUCUUAUUUAAAUGGCAAACAUGUGUUAUACAGUCAGAAAUAAAGCUUGAGCAUGUUUGUUUGCAAGACGACAAGCGAACAACUUUUAAAAUGCUCUUGAUUGAGUUUGGAUUGAUCAGCACCUCAAUUUUACGUAGCAAAACAACUUUUUUAACACAUGUUAUCUCUCAGAAGGAAAACAGGUAAGCACAUUUCCCAUAAUGUUGGAUUAGAACAUCAGUAGUUUGUUUUUCUAUGUUGUCCACAGGAAUGAUCAACAAACCCACUGUCUGGGCUUUUUCUACAGAGCCCAUAAACUGUCCAGCUCUUCAUCCCCAUGGUCACAUUUCACAGCUUUACUGAAUAAUGUUAUUUAUUUUGUAUAUCAUGUUUAAUGGUUUCUCCUUUUAUUUGAUGUGAUUUUAUUGAUUGGUUAAAAAAAUAAAAUAAAUAGAUGUACAAUGAA